AUGUCCGCCAAGAUAGACCCAGAAACGCUCAAGCAGUACCUGGCCGAUAGCCCGCCUUCUGUCGUGCCUCUGGCCAUCAAGCCCCACUUUGAUGCGCUGACGGACAAAGAGAAGCUCUAUGCCCACCAUCUCUCAGUAGCCUGCUUCGCCGGAACACGCGUUGUCCUUCGCCAAGUCUCCCCCGAAUCCGAGCACAUCUAUGACUUCAUCGUCGCUCUCCACAAGCACACCAAGGGCGACUAUGCUUCCCUCGCCAAAGACACCGGUCUUUCACAGGAAGAGAUUGACGCAUACCUCGAUUACUCAGCGCAGUUCCUAGGCAACCUAGGCAACUUCAAGUCCUUUGGCGACUCCAAGUUCGUACCCCGCCUCGACCCCCGCCAGCUGAAGGCACUCGCGACCGCAUCCAAAGACACCCUAGCCAUCUACGACAAGUUCAAGGACGCCAUAUACACCGGCAAUGACGUAGGGAAGCUGCACUUGGGUUAUCCCGGUGCAGGUCACAUAUCCACCUACUACCCUGAUAGUCCCGACAUCACCAGCGAGCAGAUCUCCAGCGUGAGCGAUUUCCUCGAAGGAAAAGGAUUGCUUCCCGAAAACACAAGGAUCAGGAAGACCAAGGACGGUUACGAGGUUCUCAUUGCGUCCGCUUCGGACAGCCCAGCGGCAGAACAACGGGACUUGAAGGAAAGCGAGUGGACAAUGGACGAUGGAAGCAAGCUGAAGCUGGUCUUUGGUGACUACUCCAAAGAGAUGGACACCAUUGCAUACCAUAUCGAGCAGGCAAAGAAAUACGCAGCUAACGACCACGAAGUUAAGAUGAUGGAAGAGUACUCCAAGAGCUUCAGGACAGGAUCACUACAGGCCUUCAAGGAGAGCCAAAAGGCCUGGGUACAGGACAAGGGCCCUCAAGUAGAAUCCGACAUCGGCUUCAUCGAGACGUAUCGCGACCCACACGGCAUCCGCGGCGAGUGGGAAGGCUUCGUGGCCAUGGUGAACAAGGAGCGGACGCGCGCCUUUGGCAAGUUGGUCGAGACAGCCCCACAGUACAUUCCUCUAUUGCCGUGGGACAAGUCUUUCGAAAAGGACAAGUUCCUCAGUCCGGACUUUACGUCGCUCGAGGUGUUGACGUUUGCGGGCAGUGGCAUACCGGCCGGCAUCAACAUUCCAAACUACGAUGACAUUCGGCAGAACUUUGGUUUCAAAAACGUAUCUCUUGGCAACAUUCUUUCUGCCAAGGCACCCAACGAGAGCGUUCCAUUCAUCAAAGAGCGUGAUCUAGCAACCUACCAGAAGUACCGAGAUCCUGCCUUCGAGGUCCAGGUCGGUCUCCACGAGCUGCUCGGCCACGGAUGUGGUAAGCUGCUUCAGGAGACGGAGCCGGGCGUUUUCAACUUCGAUAAGGAGAACCCUCCGAUUUCACCCCUAAGCGGCCAGCCAAUAAAAUCCUGGUACAAGCCUGGCCAGACGUGGGGGUCGACAUUUGGUGCUAUCGCUGCUUCCUACGAGGAAUGCCGCGCCGAGUGCGUCGCUAUGGCGCUCUCUUGCGAAUUCCCCAUACUGCAACUUUUCGGCUUCGGUGACGGCAAAGCCGACAUGAAUAGCGAGGCGGGAGAUGUUCUGUUCACUGCAUACCUCCAAAUGGCUCGUGCGGGUAUUGCAGCUCUGGAGUUCUGGGAUCCCAAGAGCAGGAAGUGGGGUCAGGCCCACAUGCAGGCCCGCUUCUCUAUCUUACGCACAUUCCUCAAUGCUGGUGUCGAGUUCUGCCAGCUGGAAUGGGAAAAGGACGAUCUCUCCGACCUCACUAUCCGCCUUGAGCGCGAUCGCAUCCUAGAUCUAGGUCGCCCUGCCGUGAACGACUAUCUCCAGAAGCUUCAUAUCUACAAGGCAACUGCGGACGUUACAGCCGCGAAGAGGAUGUAUGACGAAAUCACCAGUGUCGAGCCCUUCUACGAGAAUAUGGUCAGACCAGCUGUUCUGAAGAAGAAGCAACCGAGGAAGGUGUUUGUCCAAGCAAACACAGUCGAGAAGGACGGAAAGGUCGAUCUGAUUGAGUACGAAGCUACUAACAAGGGCAUGAUCCAGAGUUGUGUGGAUAGGGAGUAUGUCUAA